UGUCGGAGUUGGAUGUCUGUAUGUAAAGUAUGUAGUGCUUCGAUUGGGUUGUUUUAUUUGUAAAUCUUGUGAAAAUGAUAUAGAAAUUAUAACCGUAUUAUUUGUUGAUUGAAGAUUAAAAUCAUUCUCUUCAAAACCACUAAAUUUCGAUGGCUGGUGUACGAAAUUUACCAGAGAAUCGAAACAAACAUAUGAAUGCCAAAUACAUGCGCCGCCACCGGGAACGUAUGCGUGAGUUGAAGGAAAAAAUGGGGAUUAUAAAGAUUAAGAAGCUUCCCAAGACACCAGCCGAACGGAGCAGACGGUAUCGUCAAAGAAAACGAGAAACUGCAUUGUUGCUGAAACAUACCGAUACUUCUAUCUUUGAAAUGGACAAACCGGAAGGACACAUGUAUGGAAUAGUUCGGUGUAAUUCAGAUUACCCCUUGAUUACGAAGGAAAUAAUAACCGUUCCAGAUUUCAUUACGGAUCAACCGGAGUCGUAUUGUCGGUUCUGCUGUUCGUCCAAUAAUUUAUCGUCUAUUUUUCCCACUGCUGGAGCUCCUGAGGAAAGCAUUAUAAACUUACUGCGUGAGCUAAUUGAUAUUAGUUUGUCCGUAGAGUUGGAUUUUCCAUCCGCAAUUUGCGGCCAUUGCUCUUCGAAGUUACAAACAUUUGAUGAAUUUAGACGAAAAUGUCAGGCUUAUCACGACGAAAUGAGGCGAAGACGAGCACAACAAGAAUUAUGUAUGCUGACCAACGUCAAGAAUGAGGUUCUGUCUGACUGUGAAGACAAGAUUGGAUACCCGGUGGUAGUGAAGGAAGAGUUUAUUAUCGAAGAUGCACCUUCUUCAUGUACUAUCAAUAACGACGUUUUCGUGCAGAAGAAAAUAGCAACUGUUGAUGAACUCAGCUGUUUUGGGGCUAGAAUAGAACAAAUAAAGAUUGCAGAAAAAUGCGACGACGAUGAACAGCAUGCGUUAUCCAUGGCUGUUAACACGAAGAAAAAAGUUUUUGAUAUUGAGGGGAACAAUGAAGUAAUGGUAAUGGUGAAGGAGGAACCAAUUACCACAAAUGAAUGUGAUGUAAAUUCAACCAACAAUAACUUUUUGUUCAAGCCUGUGAUUUUUGGAAAAGAAGACUCCCUUGAACGCAAUAGAACAAAGACAAAAUCAACGUCAAAAAAGCCAAAGAAGAAUGACGAUGAAAAACGCGACUUUCGCUGUAAACUUUGUGGUAAAUUCUAUACAAGCAAAGAACGCAUAGAUUUUCACAUGGAAAAACACAUUGACUCGAAAAGUCGACGAUGCCGCAAUUGCCUCAAAAGCUUUGAAUCUGUACACGGUUUAAGGAUUCACGCAAGGCGUAGUUACACUUUAAAAUCUUUUCCAUGCCAGUACUGUGAUGUUCUUUUCCCUUCGAAAGGAGAACUUCUCGCGCACGAGUCUUGCUGUGAUAAGAGUGAUUACGAAAACAAAGCGGAGUCUUUUUCGGACCCAUCAAAGUCUAUAAAAUGCACUGUCUGUUGGAAAACUUGCUAUACUCCACGUGGUUUAUUAGCGCACAUGCGACUACAUGAAGCAAAGUUCCAAUGUGACUCUUGUGGAGUCGAUCUACCCUCCCCUUCAUUGCUUAAAGCUCAUUACGAUCGAUACCAUGCGGGAGGAGCUAAGUUGAUAGCCUCGACCGUAAAGUGUGAACCCUGCCAACGCACCUUCAUAGAUGCCAGUGCGUAUCGAAGUCAUCACACUCGAUUUCACGACAAUCAACAAAAUAAUGUAUCCCGCAAACUUGAUGAAAGAAAACCUUACGAAUGCCACCACUGCGGUAAGCGCUUCUGGUCCAUUAACACCAUCCGUUAUCAUGUGCUUGUCCACCGCAUAUACCGAGACUGUGAUCAAUGCUCCGAUAGCUUUCGCACUAAGACUGAACUGCGCAGUCAUAAGCUAACCACCCAUCCAGUGUACUGCGAGUUUUGCUCCAAGCCGUUCUUUUCCGAAAAGGCACGCCGAUCGCACUGUAAUAAACAGCACGGGAUGGUGCACGUUCGGCAGCUGGUGAACGAUGGUUGUAACGUGAUCAAAAUUAGCUACACGUGGCGCAAGAUUACCUACCGAUGUGCUCUGUGCGAUCAAGACUUCGGUCAGUUUCGCCAGCUAAGUGAUCACUUUGGGAAGCGACAUCCUGGGGCGAAAGUAAAAAUCCGCUGCACUUACUGCAAUAAAGACAGUGUUUCUCAGAUUGGCUUUAUUGGACACGUUACAAGAAACUGUGGUCAAACACCAAAGAAAAUGCGGUGAUCUAAUAGAUUCGAUUUGAAGCGAAUCAUACAAAUUAGUCAGUGGGGUACUUGUAGUGUAGGUAAAUCAUUUAUAAAUACCUAAGGUAAAUACGACUGACAACAGUCUCAUUAGGAACAGAUAGAUAAACCAUUGGUCGACUAAAUACCAAAAAUGAAAAUUAUCUUCAGCAAGCUGUUAACAAUUUUGCAACUAUUUGUAAUUGAAUAUAAUCAUCCGCAGUUAUUGCAAACAACUUUAAUUGAGUUAAGAUUUUUGUUUGGUUUCUUUAUUGAUUUUUUCAAAUAAAAUUUUAUUUUUGAGCCGUU